CUGAGCCAAUCAAAGUCCCGUGUGCAGGUCCAUAUCAGGAUGUAGGCGGUGAGGCAGGCGGGUGGAGCUGCUCAGACACGGUUACUACACCGCUCACCGACAAUCAACCGAUUAAGGUGAUGUGUGUGUGUGUGUACUGGGUGUGUGUGUGUGUGUGUACUGGGAGUCAUGCCUGUUUCAUCACAGCUGCUCCGAGGAUUUCCCCGUGCCAAGCUCUGGGGAGCAAGCCUGUUACCAUGCCAACGUCAGGCCCACCGCCCCUCCCCUCCUUACUCCAACUCCCAGCAUGCCCCUCUGCCCCCAGGCCACACCACCCGGGGCCUCCACACCACCUGGGACCUGCACAGCUACAACCUGACCCCCCCCCAGGUCAACUCCAUCCUCAAAGCCAACGAGUACAGCUUCAAGGUUCCAGAGUUUGAUGGGAAGAAUGUGUCGUCAGUCACGGGGUUCGACAGUAACCAGCUGCCGGCCAACGCUCCAAUUGAGGACAGACGCAGUGCUGCCACCUGCCUGCAGACCCGAGGCAUGCUGCUGGGCGUGUUCGACGGCCACGCCGGCUGUGCCUGUGCCCAGGCGCUGAGCGAGAGGUUGUUCUACUACGUGGCUGUGUCGCUGCUUCCCCACUCCACGCUGUGCGAGCUGGAGGCCGCGGUGGAGGCAGGCCGCCCCCUCAGCCCCAUCCUGCAGUGGCACAAACAGCCCAACGACUACUUCAGCAGGGAGGCCCAGACGCUGUACUUCAACAGCCUCAGAACCUACUGGCAGGAGCUCAUAGACCUCAGCAGUCCAGGGGAUGUUCCCGACACGAGGGAGGCGCUGCAGAGCGCCUUCAAGAGGCUGGACAGUGAUCUGUCCCUGGAAGCUCAGGUGGGAGACCCUAACGCCUUCCUGCACUACUGGGUUCUGAGAGUGGCUUUCUCUGGGGCCACGGCCUGCGUGGCCCACAUCGAUGGAUCCGACCUGUAUCUGGCGAACACGGGUGACGGGCGGGCGGUCCUGGGGGUGCAGGAGGAGGACGGCUCGUUCAGCGCUCACACACUCACCAACGACCACAGCGCCCAGAACGAGGACGAGGUCACACGCAUACGCUCAGAACACCCACCCUCGGAGAGGAAGACCGUCAUACGGCAGGACCGGCUGCUGGGGCUCCUCAUGCCAUUCCGGGCGUUCGGGGACGUGAAGUUCAAGUGGAGCAUCGAGCUGCAGAAGCGUGUGCUGGAGUCUGGUCCUGACCAGCUCCAUGAUAACGAGCACACAAAGUUCAUCCCUCCUAACUACCACACACCUCCGUACCUGACGGCCGAGCCUGAGAUCACGCACCACAAGUUGCGGCCGCAGGACCGCUUCCUGGUACUGGGCACAGAUGGAUUAUGGGAGACCCUCCACAGACAGGAAGUGGUCCGUAUCGUGGGCGAGUAUCUGACAGGCGUGCACCAGCGGCAGCCCCUCACGGUGGGGGGCUACAGGGUCACCCUGGGACAGAUGCAGGGACUCCUGGAGGAGAGGAAGGCCCGCGUGUCGUCUGCGUUUGAGGAUCAGAAUGCAGCGACACACCUGAUGCGCCAUGCGGUGGGGAACAACGAGUUUGGCACGGUGGACCACGAGAGGCUGUCCAAGAUGCUGUCCCUGCCUGAGGAGCUGGCACGCAUGUACCGGGAUGACAUCACCAUCAUCGUCACUCAGUUCAACCCUCACGUGAUUGGAACACAGAGGCACGGAGGAGAGUCCUGAACAGGACCAGCACAGGGACCAUGUGGAGGAAGCAGCAUGGGCAGUUUACCAUUCACACACACACACAAUCACUAUUUAACUUAUUCUUUACCAGCAACAGACACAAACACACAAUUUAACCUAUUCUUCACCAUCAUCACACACUAUAUUUAACCUAUACUUUACCAUCAUCACACACAAUAUUGAACCUAUUCUUUACAUUUGACACACACAGAAACAAACACUAUUUAACUUCUUCUCUACCAUCAACACAAACACACAAGCUAUUCAACCUAUUCUGUACCAUGCUUUCACACACACACAUAUAUACAUAUAUAUAUAUAUAUAUAUACGUAUCAGUUAGACGUCUGUACUGCAGAAGGGGGGUGUGUCUACAUGCUGCUCAUCAUAGUUUCAGGGCUGCGUGAACAUGAACCAACGUUCAUGUUGGUUAUCAUGCUGCCCUCAUCCUAGACUUAUCAUGCUGCCCUCAUCCUAGACUUAUCAUGCUGCCCUCAUCCUAGACUUAUCAUGCUGCCCUCAUCCUACACUUAUCAUGCUGCCCUCAUCCUAGACUUAUCAUGCUGCCCUCAUCCUAGACUUAUCAUGCUGCCCUCAUCAUAGACACGUGGCUGCAUGGCUGCAUGGCUCAGGAGAUCAGACAGGAGAUCAUAUCCAUGUUUCAUGUGCCAAGUGAUGCUCCUGGGCACUGUGGUUGCUCAACUGCUGUUACAUUGUGUGUGCGCGUGUGUGUGUGUGUGCACGUGUGUGUGUGUGUGUGCACGUGCCGUUUGGUCUUGCUUUGUACUGCAUUUCAAAAUAUGUACACACUCCAUUUGUGUUUGAACUUUCUCAUCUUUUGCACAUUAGCUUCUAUCUUCUCCUUCCAGCAGAGCGGGACUGUAGCUGCACCAUCCAGCUGCACGUGGAAAUGGGUUUUUAUAACAUUUUAUUAUGUGCUUUACAGCAAAUGAGACACUGUGGUGAAAUCUCUAUUGACAGAGCAGAGUUUAAAUACUAAUACCGCAACAACACAUGUUCUAGAACUUCAGUCUGUAACUUAAAUCUUUCCAGGAUAUCAAGUUUAGGCCCUUUGAAGUUCCAGACAGGCGGUUAGUAACUGAAUCUCCUCCUGCUGAAGCAGUCUCUGUCCCACAGAACUCCUUAUCCCAGAAUGCACUGCUGCAGGCCUGGGCUGUGGAGAGGUAGUUCUAUGUUUAGGAAGGUAAGGAAAGGACAUGACACGGUUUGGAUUUCCAUCAUACUUGCUCCCACAGGGGGGUGUAAAUCAAAGAGGUGGCCUAGAUUAUGGGUGUUCAGACAGGAACUGUUGUCAGUGACCACUGUUGGGAUGGCCGCCAAGAUUGUUCAGUGAGGGAGUGUGGAACCAGACAUGAUGCUGAUGUGGGUGUAAAAGAGACAAGUGGUGAAACCUUUUUAUUUUAUUUUUUAUAUAUAUAUAUGGUAUUUUUUUUCUUCAUAACUGUCACGAGGAAUGUAUAUUUAACAGCUGUAAUUUUGUGUAAACAUCGUUUUUUGUCACGAGAAAUGAAUGUGAGCCUUAUUUUUAUUUUUUUUAUGGUGGAUGCCUGAUGGUUAGUGUGUCUUCUGUCAUCAUCAUGCUGAUCUGUCAGAGCACAACCAUACGGUUCAGAUGGUCGAACCCUGACCACUGUGGUCGGGCUGGUUGGGGUUUAUAUUUAGCCGAGAAGAGAAUGUAAAGCAAGGGGACUCCGGCUAAAUACUUGAAGGUUACUUUUACUUUUAACAAUACAAGAUGUGUAUAUAUCCUAAACUAUACACACAACUAUACACACUAUAUACUGUAAGACAUGUCACUGUUGAGUGCUUUAUCCUUAACAGUUUGGUUUCUGGAAUAUAACGAUUUUGUAUUUGAAAUGUUUUAAUAAAACUAAGUAGUUGGAGGUGA